AUGAAGUCGCCAAUAAGCCACUUGCAUUUCCAAGAAUUUGAUUUUUCUUCUUACCUGGCAUACAAAAGAGAAGGAUUCGUUGGUCGAAAGUGGUUUUUCUUGGAAUUGGAGAGUAUCUUCGAGGAAAGCCGCAGUAGUACUGCCGGUGUUUUGAUUACUGGAGAACCAGGAUCUGGAAAAUCAGCAUUGAUGUCGCAAUUGAUAUGUUCACCAUAUUCCAGUUUGUUAAUACACGAAAAUACCAUUGGUUAUCAUCUAUGUGAAUAUUCUGAGAAGGGAAAACGUGACGGGGCAAGAUUUGUGCGUAAUUUAGUGGAUCAAAUUGCAGUUCGGUUGCCUGAAUAUUACGAGCACGUCAAGAACAAUGAACAAAUGCGGGAGGAACUAGAUACACGUUGUCACAAAGAUCCUACGGGCUGUUUUUUUACUACGAUUGUUGGACCUUUACGAAAGUUGAAACAACCCGAUAGUCCCCGGUUUAUUAUUAUAGAUGCCUUGGACGAAUGUUUCGAGAGUGAUACAAAAACAUCUGAAAUUAUGGAAAUUUUGAAAAGUAAAAUACUGCAUUUCCCAAAGUGGUUAAAGGUCAUAUUAACCUCUCGAAACUUGACUUCGGUUACAUCUAGACUUCCUCGGGUAGUCAACAGGACGUCACUGUACGCCACGGAUGAACGGAAUGUGGAUGAUAUUCGUUUCUAUGUAAAGCGUUUUAUAUCUCAAAAUUCCCAUUUUUCAGAUAGAUUGUUAGCUGCAAUGAAUAUCAGUUCAAGAAACGAAGGCAUGAAAAUAUUCCUAGACGAAGUGAUUACCCAAGCAGAAGGAAAUUUUUUGUUUGUAAAAAUGACAUUGCAGUACAUGAACGAUACGGGAGAUAAAGUCGACCUUCAUUCCUUACCGACAAGUCUCUUCGAUUUGUAUCACAUUUUCUUUGACAGACAAUUUGGCGCAGAGGGAUUUAAACCAUUCAGGUUCCUUUUUGAAGUGUUGUUGGCGGUUUAUUCGCCUCUUCAUUCUCAACACCUUGAAGAAAUUCUUAAGAGCGAGUAUGAAGCGGAGGAUAUUACCAAACGUAUUGAACAAGUGUCCUGUUUCUUGCGAUUUGGACGAGACGGAACAGUGAGAAUAUACCAUCAAUCUUUCGCCGAAUGGUUAAUUAAUCAGACUCCCGUUCUCUCUAUUAAUAAAACUAGAGGUCAUCAAAGUAUUGCUACGUUUUUACUUAAUUUCAUGCGUGAAAAACACACAGAUGCCACGUUUGGGGAACUGACUGAACUUUUUAUGCAUAUUCUGUCAGGAAGGUCUUUGGAAAUGCAAGAAACCGCUAUGAAUCUUUUCAAUGUUACAGAGAUGAGGGAGCCCGACACUAAUCAAUCUAUACUACAUUAUCUCGUAACAAAACCAGCCAUCUAUCUGCCUGUACUUGAUUUCUUCUUUAAAAAGUUUCCAACGGUCGACGUACUCGACUCAAGCAACAAAACGCCCGCAUUUUACGCCGCAUCUGAAGGGCUUGUUAGGAGUUUGCAAAGCUGUAUUAACAAUGGAGCUGACAUUAGUUCUUUUUUGCCAGGACACACAGUAUUAGACCCAGUCUCUAUUGUUGUUCGAAAUACAGGUAUCGAGGAGUUUAGCUUGAUGCACGUAGCGGUUGCUAAAGGGCACAAGGAUGUCGUUCAACUUCUGAUACAAAGUAAUAUCAGCUUUUCCGACUCCACCAAGCGUUAUCCAACACCACUUCACUUAGCAGUAGCCAACGGUAAUUUAGAAAUGGUUAAGGUUUUCUAUGAUUAUGGUGAAACGUUCGAUCAAAUCACACUUCAUCAUGCAGCGGCAAGAAAUCAUUUGGCAGUCGUGAGAUUUAUAUUAUCAACAGUCGGACUACGUGAUACUUGUGUAACAUGUCAACCCGAACACGUCUCACAAUUGGGUCUAAAAACUACAACACAGGAGAUCCACGCGUUUUUUUGUGAAACUGCUCUUCAUACCGCAGUAUCCAGAGGACUUAUUGAUGUUGUAACGAUUUUGUUAAAUUUUGGAAAGGAAUCUCUGGAAUGUAAGCAUCAUUCUGGGAAGACAGUUUUGAUGGACGCCGUGGAAAGGAAUAAUACGGAAAUAGUGGAUUUAUUGCUGGAGCAUGGUGCCAAUGUCACAACAGACUGCGGACGGAAAGUUUCGAAGGAUAGUAACAAUCAAAUGUGCUCUAUUUAUGCUAUGUAUAGGCAAGAUUUUUUGUAUACAGUUUAUUGCGUAAACGACAGUUGUGGAUGUGGUUACAGAGCCAUUCAUAUGAGUGCUAAAUAUGGGUUGUGGAAAAUGGCAGAAAGAUUAAUUAGUGGAAGAAUUGAAGAAGUAAUAGAUAUUGAAGAUUGUGAUGGAGAUAGUGCUACACAUGUUGCUAUCAUAUAUGAUCAUACACAUUUUGUUAAAAAUAUUAUCAUGUCUCUAGACAAAAUAGGACGGUAUUUAAAUGAAUCAAAAAUUGCCAAGCAGGCAAUACUGCAUUGUUCGGCUAACGUUGCGAAUAGUUUCUUAAAACAUCUAAUUGAUGAAGAUGAGAGCGUAUGGGACCUUUUACUGGGACGUGUUAAAUGGUCACCAUGUGAAGCCGAGACAGUUUAUGAUUCCUAUUGCUUAAACGCCUUCAAAGAUGAUAAUCUUUCUGCGGAAGAAGAGAUGAAAGAAGAGUCGGGGAGGCGCUUGAAUAUAAUUAAGUUAUUAAUUGAAACGCAUCAACAGAAAGCUUUUAUUUUGUGCAAGAAAGACCACCAUAAUAGGACGCUUUUGCAUUACGCUGCUGCAAAUGGGUUUACUGAUGCUGUAAAAUACCUAGUUGAACUUGGCGCGGACAAACUUUUAAAGGAUAAAAAUGGCGAUACGCCAUUAACGAUUGCGCUCAGGAAUUCACCAGUUUAUGAUGUAAAUCAUAUUGCUUCGUAUCGCUGUUACACUACAAACGAUGGUCAAUUUAGUUUGUGCAACACCACGUGCUACGAUGAAACUGUUAGGUACCUGGUCCAGUCACAAAGAGCAAAUAUUUCAAAAUGUGAUAAUCAAAGUGCAUUUAUGUUGGAACGAGUUAUUUUAGGACAGAUGCCCUUGAGCUUGUACGCCUUGUUAAAAAUUGGUGUCGAAUGGAACUGCCGAUUAAACUAUUUUAAUACUUCCGCGAUGUUACUUCACUUGCAAGUCGGCGGAAGGGAAAUCACCGAAGUGAUUAAAAUGUUUGAGGUUGACGUUUCUGUAAAAUGUGAAGUUUCUUCUUCAGAAUCGGAACUGCAUGAACUGUCGUACUUGUCAACAGCUGAUGAAUUCGGUAAUUUCUUCAAACCUUCUCUAAAUAAAAAGCGUUUGCCUUUACAAAGAUUGAUUGACCGUCAUCCUAGAGGUGUUCGUAUAUUGGACGAAUGCUAUGACGCCGAUGGAUAUUUACCAAUACAUAGAGCUGUGCUAGGUGGAAAUCUUGUCGCUCUUAAAUGGUUUUUAAGUAUUGGAGUUAACACGCAACAGAAAACACGGAGUGGUCGUAUUGCUAUUGAUCUUUCUAUAUUGCUUCUAAAAAAUAAUAAGCGUAUUGUAUUGCAUUCGAACAUGUUCAGCGCUUUUGGGCGGACGGAUACAAGAUAUCGAAGUGAAUGUUUCGAAGAACUUUUGCGUGCAUAUUUCGACACAGCACAUAAAAAUUACAGUUCAGACUUUUCUUCUUUCUCGUUUUCUGAAUACCCAAUUUUACAUUUGGCUAUUAUGGCAACUAAAUAUGGACGAGAAGUGGUGACGGUUGUGUACAAGAAAGCUUUAGAAAUCGUACCAAGUUUAAAAAUGAAUAAAUCUUUGCUUCUUGAUGAGCAAAAUGCGGACGGAGAUACACCUCUUCAUAUUGCUGCUUAUCUUGGUCGUGAAAAUGUUGUUAAGUAUCUUGUGCGACUUGGUGCUGAUGUUAACAUUAAGAACAAGAACAACCAUACUCCAAUGUUGACUGCACUGAUGAAAGUUCCCCUUCAUCCCAUUAAAUCUUAUGGAGAUCACCGCUGCUACAUUACAAAUGACGGUUUGUUUAGUUCUUGCGAAACCACGCCACAUGAUGAAAUUGUGAGGUACUUGAUCUGGUCACAGAAAUCAAGUAUCUCGCAAUGCAAUGAUGAAAGUGCCUAUUUAUUAAAUGCUGUAAUUUUGAAACGAAUGCCCCUGAGUUUGUACGCUUUGUUGAAAAUUGGUGUCGAUGUAAAUUGUCAAUUGGAGAAUGAAUUGAGUCCCUUUCAACAGCAUAUCAGAGAAGGAGGCCAAGAAGUGGGUGAAGUGUUGAACAUAUUUGAAGUGAAUGUUUCUGUCCAAUGUGGAGUAUCUUUUAUUAAUUCCGAGCUUCACCUUAUCUCAUUCGCGCCAGUAUCUAAUGAUUUUGGUAAUUUCUUCAAACCUUCUCUAAACAAAAAGCCUUCCCCUUUACAAAGAUUGAUUGACGGUCACCCUAGAGGUGUUCACUUAUUGGACGAAUGUUAUGAUGCCGAAGGAUAUUUACCAAUACAUAGAGCUGCUGAGGGUGGAAAUCUUGUCGCCAUAAAAUGGUUUAAAAGUAUUGGAGUUAAUACACGUCUGAAAACACAAAGUGGUUUCACUGCCCUUGAUAUUUCUAUAUUGCAUCUAAAGAAAAACAAGUUAACUUUGCUAAAUGAAUUGCAUUUGGACAUUUUUAACACUUUUGGGCGGAUGAAUAUAAAAUAUCGAAAUCAAUGUUUCGAAGAACUGUUGCGUUCAUUUUUCGACAGAUCACAUAAAAAUUACAGUUUAGACUUUUCGUCUUUCUCGUUUUCUAAAUACCCAAUGUUACAUUUGGCUAUUAUUGCAACUGAUUAUGGACGAGAGGUGGUAACAGUUGUGUACAAGAGAGCUUUAAAAAUCAUACCAGGUUUAAAAAUGAAUAAAUCUUUGCUUCUUGAUGAGCAAAAUGCGGACGGAGAUACACCUCUUCAUAUUGCUGCUUAUCACGGUCGUGAAAAUGUUGUUAAGUAUCUUGUGCGACUUGGUGCUGAUAUUAACAUUAAGAACAAGAACAACCAUACUCCAAUGUUUACUGCACUGAUGCAAGUUUCCCUUUUUCCCAUUAAAUCUUAUGGAGAUCACCACUGCUACAUUACAAAUGACGGUUUGUUUAAGUCUUGCGAAACCACGCCCCAUGAUGAAAUCGUAAGGUAUUUGAUCUGGUCACAGAAAUCAAGUAUCUCGAAAUGCGAUGAUGAAAGUAUGUAUUUAUUAAAUGUUGUAAUUAGGAAAAGAAUGCCCUUGAGUUUGUACGCUUUGUUGAAAAUUGGUGUCGAUGUAAAUUGUCAGUUAGAGGAAGAAUUGAGUUCUCCCGUUUUACAACAUAUCAGAAAAGGAGGGAAAGAAGUGAGCGAAGUGUUGAAGAUAUUUGAAGUGAAUGUUUCUGCCCAAUGUGGAGUAUCGUUAAUGUUUUCGGAGCUGCACCUUAUUUCAUACGUAUCAGUAUCGGAUGAUUUUGGCAAUUUCUUUAAACCUUCUCGAGAUAAAAAAUCUUCCCCUUUACAAAGAUUGAUAGAACAUCAUCCUAGAGGUGUUCGUUUAUUGGACGAAUGCUAUGAUGCUGAGGGAUAUUUACCAAUACACAGAGCUGCUCAAGGUGGAAAUCAUGCCGCUAUAAAAUGGUUUAAACGUAUCGGAGUUAACACACAUCUUAAAACACGAAAUGGUCUUACUGCUCUUGAUAUUUCUAUAUUGUACUUAGGAGAUAUCAAUUAUGGAGAACUUAGUGCACCACCAAAUAUUUAUCUGCAUUUGCAAAAUGUGUAUUGGCAUGUUCCAAUGACGACGUCGAAAUAUCGAAAGAAGGUGUUUGAAGAAUUACUGCGAACGUUUUUAAGCACAACGUCUAAAUCAGAGUUUACAUGUGGCCCGACAUUAGAAGGACUAUCUCCGCUCCAUAUAGCAUCAGUGAAAGGCAUGGCUGUAUUAAGAUACGUGCAUAAAAAGGCCAUGGAUAUACUUCCGAAUUUGCCAAUAAACUGCGUUAAUAGACACCGGUUAGAUCCGGUGUAUCUGGCUCAAUUUUAUGACAGUGUCCGAAAUGAAGGAUUAAUUGAUAAAUAUUCUGGGGAAAAUUCUAACGAUGUUUGGUAUAAUUUAGCAGACGAAAUUAUCAAACAUGGAAAGAGAAAAGGUGAAAACAACAUUGAGUUGGAGUUUGAUCAUGGAAGUGUGCCUGUUGCUCAAUAUCCGGAUCGGGAAGGCGACUAUGUUGUAGCAUUCAAUUAUUUGUAUCAUCCACCACUUCGUCUGUCCACAGAAAGAAAGCGUCUUUUUGAAAGUGGGGAAAAGCCUGAAAGCGAUUGUCCAGGUUAUUAUGAUAUCUUUCCGAAAUAUGAAGAUACAAAAUCCUUUCCUGAUGUGGCUGAUAGUAUGUCCAAGUGUUUAAAACUACACCAUAAGGACGAUAUGUUACUAUGCAUUAAUGAUCACUUAUUCACAUACAAUUGCAAACUUAUACUGAACCUACUUCAAUUGCGGUAUGUAAGGCAACGAAGAAGAAGAAACCGCAAAUUCAGUCAGUUUAUUUUAAAAAGAUUGGGCUGGAACAGUGGUUCGCGAGUGCAAAAUAUCGAUGAUAGAUGGCCAUUUUACUUUUUACACAAAAUGCAUCUGAAAGAAUUUGAGACUUAUGAAUAUCUUAAGAUUUUAAACGAAGCACUUGAAGUUUCUGACAUUCGUUUCUAUAGCCACCCACUUUUUGACAUUAUCGCGGAUCCAUAG